AUGAACUGGUAUUGUUUCAUUUUCUUUAUAUAUGCAACUAUUUGCCAAAGAUGUCCAAAGCUAUUUGGUGAAUUUGAAUGCCCUAUCGGACACAAUUGUAUUGAUAAUCAGUGCUUAUCACCAGAUGGUCGGAGUGCACCUAUUGAAUGUGACAAAAUUCAAUGCCCGACCAUGACGCGAUGCUACAAGGGUAGGUGUUAUUCGACCAUCGGCUUAUUUUGUAAUCGCAAUGUGCAAAUCAAUAAGACUACUGCAAAAUCUGUGUUAUCAAACUGCGGACAAUUCGGAAAAUGUAUUAAUGGUCAUUGUAUACUUGACAGAUGUGCCAAUAUUUCUUGUGAAACUACUGAGCAAUGUCGAGAUGGAAUUUGUGUCAAAAUUGCUGGAACAUUUUGUUUAUCCAGUUUCGACUGUGGUCCUAACUAUGAUUGCAUAAGAAAUACUUGUAUAAAGAAUCACCGAGUGUCUUGUAAUUGUGAUCCUGGCGAGAGUUGCCAACAGGGCCAUUGUUUCGCUGACCCAACGGUGUUUAAUUUAUUUCUUUCAGAAUGCGCUCAUGUGACAUGUACGAAUGGUUCAUUUUGUUUCGAUGGAUCUUGCGUUUCGGCAAUUGGACGAGAUUGCUUACAGGAAACAUGUCUAGGAGGGACAGUAUGUAUUAAUGGACGAUGUUCCUUGGACCCAUGUAUCAGCAGAUGCCCUGUAGACCAUGAUUGCCGUGAAGGCCAUUGUCGGCAUCUGCAAGGUUUACCAUGUGUAAACGAAUGUCCUUAUCCAUAUGAAUGUGUUGACGGUCGUUGUACUCGUAAUGAAUGUUUCCAAAAGCUUUGUCUUCCUGGUGAAAUAUGCGAUUAUGGUUUUUGUGUAAAUGUUGAAGGUCGGUUAUGCAGCUUGGCUAUUAGAGACUGUGGUCAGGAUUUCGAAUGCGAAUCAAGUUUUUGCAAGGAUAAAAUUUUACUGCAAGGACAGAAUGAAAAAUAA